AAUAGUUAGCAAACAACGACAUGUCUCAGAGAAUCUUAAAGUGUACAGUGUGCAGCGGCGACCAUUCUAUUUUUCACUGUGAGAAUAAGUGUGGCGUCUGCCACGGCGACAGAAGGCAAUGUUCGUGUAAUGAACGCCCGCCUCAGAAAAGAAAAAAGAUAUCAAAGUCAACAGCCUCCAGUCAACAGCCUGCAGAUACGUCGCACGACGAUCUAAAGAAAAAAUACGAGUUACUGCAAAAGGACUACAAAAGAGUGGGUCAGGCCUUCCAGAACCAGCAGGAACAGAACCAGGAGCUGACGGCGUUGCUAGAGGAACGCGAGAAAGAGGCUGAAGAGCUAGCCAACCUUGUGCGGAACAAGGACGAGGUCGUUAAAAACCUCGAGAGGCGCCUCGUAGACGCAAAGAAGGUCAUCGCAGAACUCCGAGCGGAGGUACGACGCAGAGACCAACCCGCGCCACAAGAAGACCCACCCGCAUCACAACAGCAACACCAGCAGACGGCAGACAUACGGGUCAGCACCCACGGCCUGGCCAACAUACACGAACGAUAUGACCAGGUUCUCCAGACAAUGAAAGAAAACAAAUGCAGCAUGGCCUGUGCCUUCCGUCUUGCAGGCUGUCCUCGGAGCACACUACGAGACUUCGUGGCGAUAGCAGAAUUGAAAAAGGUCGCCUCGAGGGAACUGGACCUCGUCCUCCGCGACCAAGAAGUUCAAUCCGUGCGAGAUCUGGAGGUUGCCUGUCGCAAAAGACUUCGGCGCUACAUCCCGGUCAUGAGCAACAUGAGGAGAGAGGGGCAGCUGUUGCCAAUGAAGUUCGCGGCACGAUUUUACGAGUGAAAUAUCUUGUAUAUUUCACCACGCACAAAACGGCUCCUUUAGGAGCCACCAAAUCUUGAAAGUCAAUUGUCAACGUAUUAAACAUGUUGGAUGUUGUAUCAAGCGAGGCACGAUUCUACGAGUGAAAUAUCGGAUCACUCAACGUUUCUGGUAAACCAGACCAAAAACUCUUGAUCUAAAACGACCACGAUACCUCGUUUUGCCACUCUGCGACAAACGCAAAUUAAAAAAUUAAUAAUUUAAACCCAUAUGCUUUUGUAACGGCAAACUUAGAAUCCCUAACAUUGUGUGAUCGUUUCACGGACAAGCUACCGACAAGGUACCGACAGGUUACCGACACAUUACCAACAGUCGGCCGACUGUCGGCCGACUGGCGGCCGACAGGUAGCCUAUAUUUCAGGCAAAACCUGUCGGCCGACAGUUGGUCGUCUGUCGGCCGACUGUCGGCCGACAGGUUUU